GUAAAAGUUAACCGAUCAUCAUCUUAAUUUUCAUUUUGAUCACCCAAUUAUCAAAAAACAGAACAACCUUCAAAUUUCCACGUCCAAUUAUGUCAUCACACGGCAGCUCCAACACUGGCUCUAAGUCAGCCACGGGAAUGUCUUCCCAAGUCAAGACACCGGCUACUGCUGGCAUUGGUGAAGAUAAGCCGAAGAUGUUUGAUUCCCAAGGUUCCGUUGGCAAGCAAUUCACCGAGGAGGGCGCUCUCGGCGGCACAGCGCAGAAGAUCGGUGGCCCAUUGGAUAAGGAGGGAAUGGUCGGAAAACAAUUCACAACGGAGGGUGGCAUUGGUGGUUCCGUACAGUCUACUCUCGGAGGCACGAAAGGCAGGAGCAACUGAUGGACAACUGGAACUUGAAUUUCAUUCAGAAUACUAUAAUUAUGGCCAAUCAGAGUUUCCACUGUCCCGACCCUGAGAAGGGUUUUAUGAUAAUGGUUCUCUCUACAGAUAUACUUAUUAUAAGAC